AUGUGCUGGUACGGAUUUGCUUGUCACAGCAAGGUAGAUCCAUUGCACGAUCGACGAUUUAAGCAUCCAGCAUCGAUUUCCGCCGAGAAGGCGUGGCUGGCAGAAUGUGCCGACGAGGAAGCGAGGCUCAAGGCCGCCUACGACGCCGAGGAGCAAGCCCACCCCCUGCCGGAGGGGUGGCACAAGAUCAAGCACGAGCCGUCGGGUCUCGACAGCUAUGUGCACCGACAGUCGGGUGCCGUGUGCUGGACUCGCCCCUACGUCGUUCCUCCCACAACGGACAACGAAACACAAGAGGAGGAGCAUCUCAAGUCGAUCGCCACUCACGAGAUACCGCUGUUCCCUUUCGCCAUGAUCCUGCAGCUCACCGAGCUCGUUGCCCGCGUCGAGACGAAUCGGCUGACAUCCACGUACGUGGCCGAGCGGGACGAGGUGCUGAACGCGCUCACUGAGGGAUGGCGAACAACAAAGGACGAGGGGGACCGCAUGGAAGAGGGCGAAGUGGCCACGACGAACGAGACGGAGCGGAAACCCAUCAGGAAAGUAGCGCUGAUUCCGAUGUCGCUCCUGUUCUUCAUCCUCACGUUCGAACGCACCGAGCGGCCCCUGUGCCCCGUGAAGGUCUCACCCGCGCAGCUGCGAACGACCAGCUCUAGCAAGCCACCAGAGCAUGCGUGCCGGGUCGAGGUGCGGCUUGACAAUCUAAGCACAACGGGUGUCGCCACGACCAAGCGCGAAGCAAAGCAAAGGGCCGCGCAGCUGAUGCUGAAGCAGCUCCGACCCGAAGCUCGCAGCUGGGGCGAGUUGCUCGAUCUAGAAGAGGCCGACACGGCAGCGGCGCAGGGAGGUGGUGCCGCAUCAGGGUCGGCGCGGCGUCGCGGUGGCGAUGUUGAGAGUGACACUCACGCCAGCGACAUGCCCAACCUGCGGCUGCUCGAGCAACUCAAGGACGAAAUGCGGAAGCGCCUGGCCUCUUGA